AUGGAAAAGAAUCCAAGGUCAGAUACUCCCACAACACUGAUGUUGAGCGUCUACAUCAUCACCUUUCUGAUUGGUGUUCCAACCAACAUCUUGGCAUUCUACACCUUCAGCCGCAAGGUCUUUCGCAAAUCCACCCCAAUAGACAUCCUGCUGUUGAAUCUCACAGUUUCUGAUCUUCUCUUCCUUGCCUUCCUGCCUGCCAAGAUGAAGGAGGCAGCGGAUGACAUGACUUGGAACAUGCCUUACUUUGUGUGCUCACUCUCCAUCUUCCUGUUCUUCGCUCCAAUAUACACCAGCAUCCUGUUCCUGACAGCCAUUAGCGUAGAACGCUACGUGUGUGUGGCCUACCCCACAAAAUACAAAGCGAAAAGGAGAAUCUCCUACACAGUUGUGAUAAGCGUGUCAUUCUGGGUAGUUUCUGUUGCUCAAGGAACUGUUGUUUAUUGUGCCGCUUUCUAUGGCGCUAAUCACAUGAAUCGAGGCAACACAAGUCAGCUUCCCCUCGUGGCCGGAGGUCAGACAUGCUAUGGUAACUUCACCGACGAACAGCUCAGAAUUCUGCUUCCUGUGCGUCUGAACUCCCUUGUGACCUUCUUCUCCAUCCCCCUUCUGAUCUGCUGCUUCUGCUACAUCAACUUCAUCUGGACCCUGUCCAGGUUACCCCACGUCGGCCAGCGUCGGAAGCUGAGGGCUAUCGGACUGGCACUGGGUUCGCUGCUCGUCUUCGCCCUCUGCUUCGCGCCUUUCAACGUUUCCCAUGUCAUGGGCUUCAUUAAAGGGGAAAGCCCCAAGUGGCGCAUUGAAGCAACCAUGUUAAGCACACUCAAUGCCUGCCUGGAUCCAAUCAUAUUCUACUGUUCCUCUUGGGAGGUUAGAAAGGCGCUCAGACGCUGGCUCAAAGGACUUAAAGGAAGCCAGGCCUCAUUAUCCUCCAAAUAG